AGCUACCACAUUAAGACAUGAUCAUAUGAUGUUUUCUAGGAUUGAUCAAACAAAAAAUGUUCAAACAAACCUCAAAGAAAACAAUGGAAUACUCACUAGACCUAGCUGCUUUGCUUUACCCUUAGGUUAUAUAUAUAUCAAAUUAUCAAUCGACUUCUUCUUCUUUAAACCCCUUUACUGCCCUUUUUCUCCUCUUUAUCCUAUGGCGGUUCGCUUUUUUUUUUUUUUUUGAGUAUUCGUAGGUGAAAAACCUACCUGUUUUCUUCAAACACUUUUUGGGCUGUUUAUUUUUCUUACAAUAUCAUGGUGUUUUUCAGACAAGUUUGAGAUUUCACAAACUACUGUUCAUCUUCAUGUUUCUCCUUUGGUUUCUCUUGAUCUGUUUCUGAUCAUUUAAGGAAUCAUCAUCUCAUUUGCAUUUUUUGUCUUUUUCUCGAUAUGGAUUCUCUUCAGGGUUUCGAAACCACUGGAAACCCUUCCGUUGCUUUAACACCGAUUUUCCCUCUUUCGAUGACCACCGUGAGCGCAGCGUCCGCCGCCACGACCACUACCAACGGAAACCCUUUAUCAGUCUCCUCCCUUUCUUCCUCUUCCAGCUCCUCCACUUCCCCGACCACAACUCUCAGCCGUUACGAGAACCAAAAGCGCCGUGACUGGAACACCUUCGGUCAAUACCUCUGUAACCACCGCCCUCCUCUCUCCCUUUCCCGUUGCAGCGGCGCCCACGUCCUUGAAUUCCUCCGGUACCUAGACCAGUUCGGGAAAACCAAAGUCCAUAACCCACUUUGCCCUUUCUUUGGCCACCCUAACCCUCCAGCCCCAUGCCCUUGUCCUCUCCGUCAAGCUUGGGGAAGCCUCGAUGCUCUCAUCGGUCGCCUCCGUGCCGCCUUCGAGGAACACGGCGGCAAGCCUGAAGCUAACCCCUUUGGUGCUCGUGCUGUUAGGCUUUACCUACGUGAAGUCCGUGAUUCACAAGCUAAAGCUAGAGGCAUAAGCUACGAGAAGAAGAAAAGGAAACGUCCCCCUCAUAAUCCUGCAUCUCUUCCACCACCAAAUCAGUAAGCAAAAAAAACCAUAUAUAUAUGUUCAAGUAUCAAGAAGAGCUGCAUGGGAACAAAAAUGGUUUUUUUUUCCUCAUAUGUUUGUUUAAUUUAUGUUAUAUAAACCAUAAUGUCUUAAAAAAGCUUAUUUCCUUUUGUUAUUUUUGUCAGGUAUUUCUCUCUUUUUUUCCAUUAAUGGAUAAUUACCCUAUAUCCCUAUAUAUCCAUAUAUCAUUUUAGAUCAGUAGAAGAAAACCACUGUCUACUAUUUGUAGUAAUUUAGAUCUAUGUGAUUUAUAACAUCCAAUUUGUCUUUGAUUGUACUUUCCAUAAACCAUUUGUGACAAAUUAAGUUUCAAUUUGCAGAUCAA